AGAAAUGCUGGAAGUGGGUCAUCAUAUAUAAAGACAAGUUCAAGGCAAAUACGGUUUCAGAUAUUUCUUAUUAGCCGAGUGGAUAACAGGUACCUGUGCAUCGUAUCAAUUUAAAGAAAUUGUAGGAUACUAUUAGUAAAACAGAAUGUCAUCCCAAAAGGCAGCUGGUUGGACUUUAGUGUCAAUUCUAAUUUGCAAUUUUGUUUUGAUACAUGCUUAUCCACAAAAUCACCCCUCACAUACCCAAAUCCAGCCCCACCAACAACAACCAUCAUACUACACUAACCCGCAACUGAACAGGAAAUUCGCAGAAAAACCAAAUGCCAUCAAGAAAGUAGCCCUGGACGACAUUGACGACAUCCAAACGAACCAGAUUCAGGAUGGCGGAUUCUCGUGGUCCAACAUGCUGGGAAUGCUCAUGCAAAUGGUGUUCAACAACAACAACAACGCCCCUACCAAGUCCGAUGAUAUUGAUAACGGUGGUAGCUUUGCCCAAUCGCCUUGGGCGAAUGUGAUUUCAGUUGGACUUAAGAUUAUCACUGCAUUGCUUGGCGGAGGUGCCAACGACGGUAUCGAUAAGGUGGACAACGGUGGAUCGCCAAUGCAGAAUGUGCUCGCAGCUGUAUUCACAGCCAUGUUCGGCGCAAAGGACCCUGAUCAAGUGAACACUAUGGCAAAACAAGCUGGUGAGUUCAUCAACAUCGUAGUCAACUUGCUUGAUGCUCUGAAGACGUCGUUCUCGCACCGUUCUAUGUCGGCAAGAAGUUUGGGCAAGAAAGACUCGUUCAGCGACGCAGCCGUUGCCGGAAUCACCGUUAUGAAGACUUACGCAAGGGCUUAUCACAACUCGGAAGAUAAAUGCCUGCUGAAGUACAUUUGCGAGGCGAACAAUGACUGCAUGAACUCAAUUGGAGGAUCCAGCAUUUUCUGCCAAGUUGGAAACUACGCCACCAGCUACAUCCUUGAACGGCAAACCUCCAAGUCGUUUGAAACUCUAUAUGAAGCAGGACGAAAUGGCCGAUUAGGUUUGGACUGUCGGCAGCUUUAUCUGGAGUGCAACGAAGUUUAGAUCCUCACCGUACACAUCAGAACUGUAGAAUGAAAUCUCAAUAACUGGCAUAUCAACAAUCUUACAAAUCAUGUGCCCUUAGCAUUGAUCUGAAAUCAUCAAAAGUGAAAAAAGAGCGCAUUUUACCAUCAUCGAGAUACGUUACCGUUUCGAUAAAAUAGAGGCCUUCUAAAAAAGAGUAAGGUCCGCAACGGCAUAAGUACAUCGAGCAUGAAGCAAAAAUUCCGAUACAUUUCGUAUGCGGACCAUGUGAUUCCGUCCAACAUCAGUUUUGAGUUUCAGAUAGCAUUUAUUACAUUUUCUGUCUAUGAUUUACUGUGCACCAAAGCAACUCUUUCCACACUUUUGCCGCAAACCACGUUUUCGCAAACUUCCGAAAAUGAUUUUUUUUUCUGAAUCGCAGAUAAUUGCUGAAUUGUGAAGCGGUAAAUUUGAUUCAA